AUGUCCCCUCCGCGAUAUGCCCCGGCGCAGGUCAGCCUGCCUCGCCUGUUGCCUAGCGUCGCCUCAUUUAUUACCUUCAUUCUGGGGAUGCUUCUCCUUUUUGCCGGCACGCAGCGCAAGUUUUUGCCUCAAGCAGAUUUGCUCACGGUACGGCUCUCCCAGGGCUUCCCAUCCGUCACUCAUGGCUGA